AUGAUGCACGAGAAUUUUAAAGUGUUCAGGCAGGCUGAAGAAACCAACGGCGGCGGUGCCGUGGUGCUGGACGUCAUUCCCCCGCACUAUAACACACAUCACGUGCAACCCAGUCCGCCCCAGUCCCCGGAUAACUCUCACGGGCAGUACAGCAGAGACUGCGUUACCCCAGUAAACGGUACGGAUCUGCAGAAGCAAAACUCGACGGGUAGUCCAAAUUCAAGCAACGAUCCCAAUAUUCGCCGUUAUCGCACCGCCUUCACCAGGGAGCAACUGGCCAGGCUGGAGAAGGAGUUCUUCAAAGAGAACUACGUAUCCAGACCGCGAAGGGUUGAACUGGCUGCACAACUGAACCUUCCCGAGAGCACAAUCAAGGUAUGGUUCCAAAACCGACGUAUGAAGGACAAAAGGCAACGGAUGGCGAUCGCAUGGCCAUACGCCGCGGUGUACAGCGAUCCCGCGUUCGCCGCUUCUUUGCUUCAAGCGGCCGCCUCCAGUCUGCCUCUUCACUACCCUCCACCGCCGCCGAUCUACGCUCCUCAUUACGCCAGGUACAGCCCGUAUCCAGGAUUCGGAGGUCCUCCGACGAGUAUACACAUGCCUAACGCGGGCCUGAUGCAUCAUCCCUCAUUGCCACAAGGUCACCUACCCCAAGGGUUGAAUUUGAACCUGAACUUCGAUAGGGCGUACGGCUAUCAACAACAGCAGCCUCAGUCGAAAGUAUCACCGACCGAUUCGCACCGUUCGGAGAUAAGUCUGAGUCCCCCAGUUAGCGAGAAUUUGCUAAUGCCGGCCAGCAACGUGUCGCCAGUACAGACGCAGUUGCUCGAAGUGGACAAACCGAAACUUUUCAAGCCUUACAAGACAGAAGUUUAGGAUAACAGUAUUGCACGAAGUGGGAGUAUGGUACGAUCGAAAACCAGGUGACGUUGCGUCGUCU